AUGGAAGUGACCAAGUCUUCAUUCGGCCAGGCCCUUCCCAGGAUUCUAAACGACAUAGCUGAGUCCUGUUGUGUGGCUCUGGACCUGGAAUUUUCUGGUAUCUUUAGCAAGCAAGAUCGAAAACCCUCUACGGAUGGUUCCUCGGGUGGUGGCAGAACUCUUCAGUCAAGAUACGAAGAGGUCAAGGAAGCUGCGGAGAAGUACCAAAUUCUCCAAGUCGGGUUAACCUUUAUUAGAGAGGAUGUGGAUAGGGGAACUUAUACCCUUCGUCCGUAUAAUUUCAAUUUGAAUCCAAUAAUCGAUCCAAAGUUGGACUUGGAGAGGACAUGGACGUGUCAAAGCAGUGCGAUCGAUCUGCUCCUGCGUAGCGGAUUUCGCAUGGAUGCGCCCUUUAUAGAUGGCGUCCCGUAUAUAUCGAGAGAGGAAGAAGGAAUGGCAAAAGCGAGGGUUCGUGACAGACAAAGUCGUCUAGCCGCCAUGGAUAAUAUAAACUUCGACAGUCUAGAUACAGAGUCUAUGGCAUUUUUAGAAGAGGCUCGCCGCUUGAUCAAUGACUGGGUUAGCAAACCUAAUAGGAAAGAAGAAUACGUUAAUAUUCCCAGCGCCGAAAAGAGGUCUGCGAAUCAGCCUGGAAUCAAUAACUACCAGAAACGCCUGAUUCAUCAACUUGUUCGUUCAGAAUAUCCGGAUCUAGUCUCAAUUGGCAGGGCUAUGUUCGUCCAAAUCGUCAAGUACGACAAGAAACGUGAGCUCAAUGUACAGGAGGGGCGGAUGAGGCAAGUUCGCGAGCGUAUCUACAACCAAACGGGCUUUCGGUGGAUAGUGGAGGCUAUGACCGGCGGCGACUUAUCCAGACUCUCCUCCGACUCUGUUGCGGAUUCCAGUCGCGACCCUCACGGUCGUAAGCAAAAAGCCUUCGGUCAUAUCGACUAUCUACAGGCGAAGCUGAAGUCAAAGCGACUGGUUCUAGUUGGGCAUAAUAUCUUUACUGAUUUGGUAAAUUUCUACAAAUGCUUCAUUGGGGGUCUUCCAGAUAAAGUAGAGGAGUUCCUCGGUAAUGUCCAUGAAUUGUUUCCCAUGAUUGUGGACACGAAAUACCUGGCAACCCAUGACUGCGGAUCAGCCCUUCCAUCUUCGGCGCUAGAGGAGCUUGAUGAAUCGUUGCGUUUCAGGGAGCUUCCUACUUUCACUACUGACGCCCAGCACACCAAAUAUGUCGACGAGAAACCUGUCCACGAAGCUGGCUAUGAUAGUUUGAUGACGGCUCGUGUUUUCCUAAGACUUGCCUCCCAGCUUCACGCGAAGGGUGUUGUCACAGAGGGGGCCUCAGAACAAGCCAGUUGCGACGGAGAAGGCGGUGGAGUAUCUUUAGGCACUGGUGACAUUUUGGCAAAGGGUCUGGAUAUACCAUCCUCACGCUCCGUUGAAGAAACGCUGGUAAUACGCGAACGAGAAUGUUCCCAGACGCCGGUCACUGUUACAAGACAACAACCAGUUAUUGCUCACGCAACGAAAUUCGACAUUCUCGCUGAUCAGCCGGAUGAUAUAUCGGAAUAUUUGGGCUCGGACGACGAUUCUGUUGAAGAGGAUUCGUUCCUCACUUCGGGAGGUGAUUUAACAAUCGAUUCCAAAAUUAAGCAUGGCAAAUUGCUACCCCGACUAGACAAUGAGUUUUGGAAGGUCUACGGAAAUAAACUUCGGAUGUUUGGGAUUGCAGAGAGGUUUUGCGAGUUGAGGCUUCAUGAUAAAUAAAUUUACUUGCUGGGCUAGUAGUUUUCAUAUAGAU